AUGGCUCGUAAGACCAAGGACCUCGCCGAGGCCUACCCCGCGGCGUGUGCCGAGGCCAAGUGCAAGGCCGUCGCGCCCUUCGUCGGCGCCCUCGCCCGCGCGGUCGACGCCGGCGCCGAGCUCACGUUCGUCCGCCUCAAUGGCAACAGCAAGGAGCUCUUCAACGGCCGCGUCGACGGCCGCGGCGCGGUCGCGAUCGCCAGCGCCCUGACCGGAACCGCGACCGUCGAGGAGGUGGACCUGAGCUACAACCGCAUCGACGACGCGGGCGCCGAGGCCAUCGCGGCGAUGCUCGCGAGGUCCCCCGCCGUGAGGAGGCUCGACCUCCGCGGCAACGACAUCGGCCCAGAGGGCGCGGCGCACAUCGCGCGCGCGCUCGCGGCGACCGGAGGGUCCGGAGGGUCCGACGAGAACGCGGACGCCGCGUCGUCGUCGUCGUCGUCGUCGUGCCGUCUGGAGAGCCUGCGGAUGGACCACAACCCGCUCGGCGACGACGGCCUCAUCGCCAUCGCUCAAUCGCUUCGGCGCAACGCGACGUUACGCGAGCUCGACGUCGGCGACUGCGACGCGGGCAUCCGCGGCGUCACCGCGCUGUGCGUCGCCGUGUUCGAGCGCAACACCACGCUCAAAUCGCUCGGCAUGGAGAACCCGUCGCGGCUGUUCACGCACCAGUCCGAGCACGUCUUCCACGCGGCGAGGAUGCUGGCGUCGAGCGGGAUUGCCAAUUUAAAGAUUGGGAAGUGGCGCGUCGACGCCCACGGGAUCGAGACGCUCGCCGCGUACGGCGUCGCGGCGUCGCAGCACCUGGAGUGCCUAAACCUACGAUGCAACGCGGUGUGCGAGGUGGGCGCGAACUCGGUGGCGAGGAUCGUGCGGGAGGGCGAGCGGUUACGGUACCUGAACCUCGAGCGGAAUCCGUUGGGCGAUCGCGGCGCGGCGGCGAUCGCCAAAGCGCUGCCGCAAAGCAACGCGCUGGAGGAGAUCGACCUACGAUGCGCCGGCAUCGGCGACGUGGGUUUGUGCGCGCUGGCGGACGGGAUCGUCGCCACGACGCCGUCGCGGCGGCCGCGGGUGGUGCGGCUGUGGGGGAACGCGUUCGGCGAGGGGGCGCGCGUUAAAUGGUUCGGCGCGCUGCUCGAGAGCGAGGAGGCGGGGUGCCCGAUCGCCGCGGAUUUCGUCAUCACGCGCGACGGGACGGACGGGGCGUCCGGCACGGGCAUCGCGCGGUUGGACGUGCCGGACGACGUGGCGGUCAACGCGUGGGACGCGGUGUAUUAG